UUUAACUGCAAACGUGUCUCAGUGAAGCGUUUUCAUGUAGUCUCACUGCAGACAUGCCACGGUACUGCGCUGUAAAAGCUUGCAGAAACCGCGGAGGAAGUGCUUCCAGACAAGACAACAAGAGAAUUAGCUUCUACCCGUUUCCCUUGCAAGACAAGCCCAGGCUUCAGAAAUGGGUGGACAACAUGAAGCGAGAGGAGUGGACCCCGAGUCGGCAUCAGUGCCUAUGCAGCGAGCACUUCACAGAGGACUGCUUCGAUAUUCGAUGGGGCAUCCGCUACCUGAAGAACACAGCCAUCCCGACCAUUUUUCCCUCCAAUGAGGAUGAUGGUGAGAAAAAAGGGACCACCAUUAAAAGGAGCCCCAAGGCCAAACCCAGGACAUUAGAGAUUGACAUUGAGCCCACAGGAUUUGACUGUCCCCUCGGUAAGAGGCCACUCAUUUUAAGCAGAACAUGCAAAAAGUUCCAUUCAAGCACAUCAAACAACACUGUUGCUGAACACACAGAGAUGGUAUUUGAACUGCCUCUGGUGUCAGACACUGGCAUCUCCUGUCAUGGGAACCAGUCAGACAUACAGACUGCUGCUUGUGAGGUACCAGGUGACAGUGGAAUGCCAACAGUGUCCUGCCUCGCACUGUCCCCAUGCGCUGAGCCCCAUUCUGAAGAGCUUGCUGACUCCACUGUGACUGUGUUGUGCUGUGAAUCGCUGGGCCCUUUCUCAGAUGGAGAGGCCAUUGUGGAUGCAGCUGCCCUCCAAGCAGCACUGGGCCAGGCUUUUCGCCUUGUUCCUGUAGAAAUGGUUAAGGACGAACCCACAGGCUGCUUUCUUGGGGAGGGGGUACCCAGUGAGGGAGAGCACAUUUCUGUUUACGAGCACUCGUACUGCAGACCGGACACAGACAAAGAUCAGCUUUGGAGUAAGAUCUUGAGUUUGCAUUCGAAGAUAUUGGAACUGGAUCACAGGGAGGAGAGCACGGUGGCUAAAAUCCAUGCUCUUGAGACUGAGAUAGCCCUCCUGAAGAGGGAUGGGGCUGUUUUUAAAGAGAAACAGAAAGUUUUAGAAGAUUAUAUAUCGUCCAUGUUGCUCUGAUUUUGGACCAAUAUUGUGGAUGUGGUUGUACUUUAAUUGUUACCAUUGAGUCACUUUUGCAAACAUCUUGCACAUGCUUCUAUAGAUGCCAUACAUAAAACACAGAAAUAAUAAUAGUGCCUGAUUUUACACAACUUAAUUGGUACUUGGUGUUCUCAAUAUUGCUCUCACAUUUCCAUAUUACAACUGUAUGUCUUCUUAUGUCCACAUGGUGGCACUGUACAACCAUUUUUAUUGGCAGCACAGAUUUUCAAUGGUUUGUUGCUAUGCAUUUUUGAUAGAUAUUCAAGAUUCUCUGUUCCAUUGUGUCAUCAACACCAUAUGCUAACUUAUUAACAGCUCUUUUGCUGUUUUUAUUAUACAAUGCCAUCUGCCUGUUAUGAUGUUUUAUCAUCUGGUCAGUGUUUGACAGUUGUCUUUGUUACUCUAUAAUCUCUGUUGUUACUAUAUAAUUUAAUGGUGUUGUUUGUUGUUUCACCGGAGUCAGAAUUCAUGACUUCAUUCAUGUAGUCAUUCUUAUUUUCUGUCUAUUUACAUAUGAAUAGGAUUUGAGCUCAUUUUAUGAUUCAUGAUGACGAGGGUUCAGAGAAGCAACAGGUCAUGCCAUGUUUUGCACGGACACAUGCAGUUUCUUCUUCAAUCUGCGCUUUUACUUUUGAGUUACAAGAAAGGUCCUCUUAGCGCCCUGCUGCUAAAGUGCUGUAUUUUUGUUAUAAUUAAGUCGUAAUGAUGACUUUUUAAAGGACCCCAAGUGAAUCAUCACUUUUUAAUACUUUGAUAUACGGAAAAUUUUUUUCCUUUUUAACUUUCCUUUUAACUUUAACUGUAACACAGACUGUUUGUUUUGUAAGAUCACAUCAAAUCAAUUCUUUUAACCCUGUUCAAAGAACAGCAUUCACACCUGUAAUAGCACAGACUUCACAGUCCUGGAAUCACUAGCAAUCAUGCUCAAAUAAGCAGAGGCUCAGUUUAUUUCAGCCCUUUGCUUGAUUUCCAGUAGCACAUUGUCAUUCUACGCAAUCUUCUGCAAAAUGUUCAGCUCUACAGAAAAAUGAGCAGUGGAUUUACUUUGAAGUAGGGUGAGGUGUUCUUUGAAUGUUUUUCUUAAAUCAUGUGUGCCUCUGGGGGCUGUGGCUUUUGAUUUAAUCAAGCAAAGCAUUCAGAAGUGCAUUACAUAAUUGGACUAAAAAGGCAGUAUACAUCCAUGAUGUUGGCAUGAUGGAGUUUCUGCUUGUUCUUGCUUGUCAUGGUAAAUGCUAUUUGAUUUGAUGUACUUUCAUUCUCCAAACCAGCUGUGUAGCAGAGGGAAUAAGAGAGGGGCAGGGGAGAGGCUAAAUUGGUUUUUGAAUUAAUUACAAAAUGACUGAUUGCGCAUAUGAAAGGAUGUGGAAAGUGCAAUUUCAAAUGACUUCAGGGUGUUACAAGAUGACACAUUUCCCUGCUCAAGAGUGAUACUGGUCCCUGCCGCACCAGCAGUGAAUAAGAGAAUGGAUUAUUGAAAUUAGUAAUGAAAUGACAUUGUUGUAAUCCUAUUGCUCCUAAUCACGGAGGGAAGACAAAACGCCAUCUCACUGAGAUCUCCUGGCAACAAAGGAGCAAGGAACAAAUCCUAUAGAAGCAAGUGCAGGCCUUGAUCUCAGUGUAUAGUGGAAUAAUAUUACUAAUCUUUGUUUAUUGCAAAAGGAGAAACGGAAAUGAACAACUGAUGAUCAAUAAAAUAGGACUCAGGAUAAAUGUUUUUAUAAUAAAAUAAGUAUAGUAACAUCAGAACAUAACAGACUGACAAUAAGAUUAAAUAAGCAAAGGCCUCAUGAUAAAAGUCCAUUUUAAAAAGCUUUUUCAAAAUUGAAAAUUAAAGCCAAAUCUCUUUGUGUUAAUCUGUUUAGAUAAUGACAAUGAUAAAUUCCAACAGGUUAUUUACAUCUAUGCUACAGAAUCAGAUUCAGGUUUCCCUGUCAGCUGCAGGUAAAUUAAAGAGGGUGACAUCAGUGCCAUAAAUAGUAAAUUAUCAUUUAAUUAUUGUAUUAAAUGUCAGGAACAGUAUUUUCAGUGUUUACUUGUGAUCAUGCAGGAAGCAGUUUAAAAAAAGAGAGAUUCAAAUAGCUCGUGUGUACAGUUCACAACACCCAGCAAAGAAAACAUUACAGUACAUGAAAUAGUUAAAUAUGGAUGGUGUAUGCUCCGUUUAUCUGUACAGUGUGUAUAGAAUGCCUGAUUGUUUUUGAAAUUGUGUUAAUAUUCGUCUCAGAGUCCUCCGGCACUGAAUGAAAGACAGUAUUGUAUUAUGUGCAAACAUUGUUACUCCUGUUCUAAACUUAUGCUUGCAUACUUUUAAUAUGCAGUAAGUACUGUGUGUGUCAUCUUGGUUCACAGCUGCAAACUAUUCUGCUAAAACGUGAAAUAUGUGUUUUUCUGUUAUUCAUGAUGAAACAUGUGACCACUGACAAAAUACUGUAAGAUGCAAACAGAGAUCAACAGAAAUCCAGUCUUAUAUCUACAAGCAUGCAUUGGCAGA